AUGGGCCAAACAAAAAGUAAAGAGAACCGGGCAUUGGCCAAGAAGACCCAUUUCUCCACAAAAGAGAUCAGCAAGUUUAGACACAACUUGGAAGAAGCUACUUUAAAUCAACAAUCCAAGAAGACCAGCAUUACAGAAGACGUAUUUAAAGAGGUAUUUAAUCUACUUCAGAAUUUGCCAUUCAUUAAAGUCUCUCUUUAUACAAAGACGGUGAAAAAAUGUGUGCCGUCUGUGUCGUCUAAUGACGAUGUGUUUCUAAAACGACUUUAUGCUGCCUUUGACGUCGAUAACAAUAAAUCAUUAGGCUUUGGUGAAUUUGUGGAUGGCUUGAGUAUCUUUAUGAAGGGAAAUCCAGAGGAGAAACUAGCAUUGUCAUUUAAGCUCUACGAUGUCAAGCACGAUGGGCACUUGACAAAACCCGAGCUUGAACGUGUGAUGUUGCAGUUGUCGCAUACGUUCUCAGACGAAGACCAAACAAAUGAGAUCCACCGAAUGGUAACGCGUAUGUUUGAAGAUCUGGACGUAGAUGGUGAUGGAAAGCUUACCUAUGAAGAAUACAAACUAUCCGUGAUGAAGGAGCCUUUAGUGGUUGAUUUUCUGGAACGCUUCUUAGCUGAGCAUAAUAUAUCUAAUCAACCAAGAAUGCCGUCAAGGCCAGCAUCUUUGCGAUCCUAUCACUCCACACGCUCACUGACUCCCAUGACCCAUUCGCGGGUUCCAGGUUCGUCCUCUCCUCCCUUGACAGCAGUGAGCCCUUCCCGCCUAUCUGUCCGAUUAUCUCAGGCCGAAUUACUGGAUUAUAGCCACCAUCAACAGCAAAGAAUGAAUAGUAGUGGACCCACAAGCCCUUCCUCAUCCGCCACAAGUGGGACCCCUAGCCAUGGCCGCAGUAAUAGUCCGGGGAACCCCAAUAGCCCAAAGUCUAAUCAUGCCCGGCUGAGCAGAGGUACUAGUAUGACCAGCUUGGAUGCUGCCCUGACAUCGAUGGAGGAGACAUUUGACUGGAAGAAUAAGACAAAUGGUAGCCAACAACUUUAA